CCUGUGUCGUCCGGAAACUUCGCCGGCGAAGACGAGCCGGCAAUGCGCCAUGGACGGUGGGCUCCGGCGGCUGCAGCGAGAUCUAAAGCUGAUCCAGGCAGAGCCCUGCGGGGUCUACGUCACCACGCGCGGGGAUGACCUCGCGCUACUCGAUGCCCUUGUGCUGGGGCCGCAGGACACGCCCUACGAUGGCGCGAUGUUGCACUUCCAGCUCAAGGUGUCCAAUUUCUACCCCAUGAACCCACCAGAGGUUCAGUUUCUCACCACCGACUCCAACAAGCUGCGCCUGCAUCCGCAGCUCUAUGCCGAUGGCAAGGUGUGCCUCAGCAUUUUGGGCACCUGGCACGGGCCGCGGUGGACCGCCUCCUCGUCCAUCCGUACGGUGCUGCUGUCGAUCCAGUCGCUGCUCUGUGAGGACCCCCUGAGGUGUGAGCCGGGCAUGGAGGCUGCGUCAGACGAGCGGGUGGAGCUGGCGAAUGUCUUUGUGGUCCACGAGUCGGUGAGAGUGGGCAUCCUGCCGAUGCUGGAGGAAAGUCCCACCUGGGGCACGGACGAGGCGGCAGAGGUGUUGAGCACCGCUGCCAGGGCCUACCUGUCCCAGCGCCUCAGCACCUUGCUGCGGCGCCUUUCGAGUUUGGCCACACGCUUCGAUGGCCAGGUCAUGCGGGAGCCCUUCAACUUCGGCGCUGAGGCAUCCACUUGCAGGCGUUAUGACUUCGAAGGCUUGGCUCGGCGGCUGCAGAGCUUCUCGCCGCAGCCAGAGCACCUGCCGCCAGCCAGCAGCGAGUCCGAGAAAGCGGAGUCCAAGGAUGACGCCGUUACAAGCUUGCCUGAGGAAGAGGAGGCUUUGUGCUGCCGGAUCUGCCACCUCACGUUGGAAGAGAGCGAGACCGAGCUCAUAGAGCCCUGCCAAUGUGCGGGCAGCAUCCGAUGUGCUCAUUCCAGCUGUCUUAUCGACUGGCUCAAGCACACGGGCGCUGCGCAGGGCGAGUGGCGCUGCGACCUGUGCCUGGCCCCCUUCGAGGUGCGCUCGGCUCCGGGGCAGCCUCCAGGGACCAAGCUCUUGCGCCGAUCGUUGCUGGAAUUUGUGGACAUGCAGCUGCCAGUUGAGUGCUGCGGCUUGGUGUCCAUCCUUCUAACCUCCAUCUGCCAGACCCUCCUCAUGUGCCUUUGCUCGGGCAUUGCCAACAUUCUCUACCUGGCGGCCAAUGUGCUGCUGUCGCCUGUGGGCCCAUCCUACGAUGUGCUGAAGUGGCCCUUGGCGGUGCCCGCGGUGUUGCUGGACCUCACCGCCAUGGGCAGCUAUGUGCUGCUGGUUGGGGUGAAGGUGGCAAUGCUGGUUCGUGCUGCAGAGUCCAGGUGCAUCAUGGUGUGCUGCGAGCUCCAGGAGCAGCUGCUGGUUUGGGUGGCGGAGAUGCUGACGCUCCUGUGGAACAUCCGCCUCGCUGGUUUGUUGGCCCUCACAAGCUACUUCACCGCGGAUCACCUUUGCAGGACGUGCCUGGGGGUGAACCUGCUUCUAGUGGCGGAGUGGCCGUUGUUCGGGCACAAGCCGGAGGUGAUUUCCUUCACCAGCUUCUCCAUGCGUGCCAACAGCCCCGCCCAGAUCUUGAGGAGCUUCUCCAUGAGUUGCUGGGUCUACCAAGGUAUUGGCGUCGCGUCUGCUCUGGUCAACCUGCUAGCCAUUCUGCUCCUCUUGAAGGCCGCGUUUCUAGACGCGAGAUCGGUGCCGGUGGCUAUUCUGACGGCCGAGAAGCUGAAGAAGGAGUGAGAAGUGGCAGGAGCAUUUGGCAGGACAUGUGCAAGUGUCGGCCCUUGGACCUGUAGGUUCCGAGCAUCAGCUUGGCCAAGCCACGGCGACGUCAUUUUCCAGCUCGCCGUUUCAUCCCACUGGGUCGCUUCCUGCAGCCGGCAAAGCCAGGGCUUGCUACAAGAGCAUGGUCGUAUACUGCCGGCCAGCCGAUUUUGGGC